AGCAGGCUUGAUUCAACGUCACACCUUUUGGAGAAGCUCCAUUCCGCGGCUUAGUGAGCUUCGGAGCUCCAGCUUCUCCAGUAGGAUUCUCGACCACCACAGGCAAGUUUCGCAGCUGGACGUUGAGCAUCACCUCCAAUUUGAUACGGUAAUGGAGCACGGCCCACCAACGCGAUAACGGUCCCAAGAGAGAAAAAAACACAAGAAGCCGGCCAGUUAAAGAUACAACCCAGCAGCGCGGGUUGCCCGCCACUACUGGACCUCUCACUUUCGCGUCCCCCUUUUGAAAACCAUCCCUAAAAGGACGACGAGAAGUGAAGAUGCGAACCCCCCUUUCACCAUCCCUCCUCCUAACCACCCUCCUCCCGCUCGCCGCCUUCCCGCACACCGCCCACGCCGUCUUCCGCGACGAGGUCAACCACAUCGACUACCACCACCUGCUCAUUGGCCUGCCGCAGCGCGAGACCACCUUCUUCCACCGCCCGCGGCCCGACGACCGCGCAAGCCUGCUGUACACACUAAGCGAUGUCGGCGUGGUCGGUGCGGUCAACCCCGGGAACGGGGAGGUCUUGUGGCGGCAGUACCUGAUGAGGGACUCGGUCCUCUCCUCGACCUCGACGACGCACAGUCGCCGGGGGGGUGAUGAGGGUGGUACUGCUACUAGUAAUAGUAACAACAAGAAGGAAGGGGGGGUGAGUGCUGGCUUCCUGAGAGCAGGCGAGGACGAAGGGUGGGUUGUCAGCGGGUAUGGCGCGGCCGUGCACGCGUGGGAUGCCAUCAGCGGGCGGAGUCGGUUCUGGGUGGAGCUGGCCGGCCCGGUCAGGGAUCUGGAGGUCAUGGAGAUGACGGAGAGCGGGCCCGGCAGGAAGGAUGUGCUGGUGCUGUUCGAGGAGGAGGAGGGCGCGGAGGAGCUGGGCGGGGAGCGCGGCGCGACGGUGCUCAAGAGGCUGAGCGCCGAGGACGGCAGCGUCGUGUGGGAGCAUCGCGAGGUCACGCGCGACGUGCCGCUGCAGGUCAGCACCAACGUGGAGAAGGUGUUUGUCGUGUCGCUCAAGGGCGCACCCGGCGCGUAUAACCUGAAGGUGUCGGUGCUGGAUACGUUGACGGGCAGGAAGCUGGACGAGAUGGUGAUCGGGGCCAAGGCGGAUGUGCACGGCAGGGAGGACGUCAUGUUUGUCGGGGCGAACUCGGCCGCGCCGAUUGUGGCCUGGACGGAUGACGCCCGGAAGACGCUCAUGGUGAACGUGCUGGGGACCAAGACCCGGCAGGAAUUCCCGCUGUCGGAGGGGACUGUCGCGGUUGAGAUCCACGCGCCGCAUCUAGUGCAGUCGCGGCCUCACUUCCUGGUGCACAGCAGAACGUCGACUGCGCACCGAGGCGAAGUGUUCCAUAUCGACCUCAAGACCAACACGAUCUCCAAGGCGUAUACGCUGCCAAUGCUUCCCGGACCUGGCGCUUUCUCGACCAGCUCGAACGGCGCCAAUGUCUACUUUACCCGCAUCACCGAGGACGAAGUGAUCCUGCUGUCAUCGCAGUCCCAUGGUGCGCUAGGGCACUGGCCCCUGAAGGGCGCUGAUAUGGGAACGGCUGCGCUGCACGGUGUUUCCGAAGUCAUCAAGAAGGCCGGCGAGGGGGAGAGCUAUGCGGUCAGGGCUGCAGCCGUGACAGAUGCGGACGACUGGGUGCUGAUCCGCAACGGCGAGAUUGCCUGGACCCGUCCCGAGGGCAUGAGUGGAGGCGUUGCUGCCACCUUUGCUGAGAUUCCCGAGAGCGAGGAUUUGGCGAGGACGCUCGAGCAGGAGGCGCAUAGCAAUCCCCUCCACGCCUACGUCCACCGGGUCAAGCGCCAUAUCAACGACCUCCGAUAUCUCCCGGCCUGGCUCGAGGGGGUUCCGUCAAGGCUGAGGAGCGGUAUUCUCGGGACCGAAGUGUCAUCUGGCAAGUUGGUGCGGGAUACUUUCGGCUUCCACAAGCUGGUCAUUCUGGCCACCAAGCGCGGGAUGCUGUACGGCCUCGAUGUCGGCAACCACGGCACAAUGGUGUGGAGCAAGAGGGCGUUUAGGAUUCCAAAAGACAGCAGCUGGGAUGUCAAGGGGAUCCACGUGCACGACUCGACAGGGCACGUCACGAUUCUCGGCUCCAACAACGACUUUGUGGUCCUGAAAGCAGACACUGGCGACGUCGUCGAGGCCAAGGGCCCGAGUCCGGAAGCCACCACACAGGGCACCGCUCUUAUUGACACCUACUCGGGGCAACAAAAGCUCCUGCGAAUUGGUCGCGGUGGAAAGAUCGGUGAGCUCCCCGUGCAUGUAGCGCCCCGGACGACGGUUGUCACGCGAGGUACGGCGGGCGAGCUGAAGGGAGUUGUCUUCGUCCCCAACGGCACGAGCUCGUUCGAGUCCACUUCCUGGACCUUCCACCCGCCUCAGGGGCAGAGGAUUGUCGACAUCGCGAGCCGAUCACCCCACGACCCUGUUGCCUCCAUCGGCCGGGUCCUCGGCGAUCGCAGGGUCAAGUACAAGUACCUCAACCCGAACACCCUCGUGGUCGCGGCUGUCAACGACGCCUCCCGCACCCUCACCGUCUACCUCCUCGACACCGUUUCCGGCCAGAUCCUGACUUCAUCCAAAUACGACGGCGUCGACCUCGCCAAGCCCAUCGAGUGCGCCAUGGCCGAGAAUUGGUUUGUCUGCACCUUUUUCGGCCAGUAUUCCGUGCGCGACAACACGGCCCAAACCAUCAAAGGCUACCAGAUGGUCGUCUCGGACCUCUACGAGAGCCACGAGCCCAACAAUCGCGGCCCGCUCGGCGACGCCCCUACAUUCUCGUCGUUCGAUCCCAUCGACAUCCCCACGGGAGCCGUCGCCCGACCCGCGGUGGUGUCGCAGUCCUACGUCCUCAGCGGCCCCGUCUCGGCCUUGCAAGUCACCCAGACCAGACAAGGCAUCACCUCGCGCCAGGUCCUGGCCUACCUGCCCGAGUCGCACGGCAUCGUCGGCAUCCCGCGCGCCCUUCUCGAGCCGCGCCGCCCCGUCGGACGCGACCCAACCCCCGCCGAGGCCGAGGAGGGUCUGAUGAAGUACCACCCGGCCAUCGAGAUCGACCCCAAGAGCGUGAUCACCCACGAGCGGGACGUGCUCGGCGUUAAGCAGAUCGUCACCGCACCCGCCGUCGUCGAGAGCACCAGCCUCGUGUUUGCAUACGGCAUCGAUGUGUUCGGGACGAGGGUUGCGCCAAGCUUCCUGUUUGAUAUCCUUGGUAAAGGGUUCAAUAAGCUGUCGCUGGUGGGGACGGUGGCGGCGCUUGCGUUGGGAGUUGUUGCACUCGCUCCGAUGGUGAGGAGAAAACAGAUCAAUAUGAGGUGGCGGGCGCCGUUGUAGACGAGACGUAUGUUAUGUGUAGAUUGUGGGAAAGCAUAUAGAAUGUAUCAGGGCAAUACCGAGUUCCUGUUGAUGAUCUG